UCUUGGGCAGGUUCGUUGUUUUCAACCUCUGCGGUUGUUCGCGCACGAGCUCCCCGGGCAGGUGAUACUUCAGCGCCUUGCGGAGAAACGCCCAAGGAGACGAGAGCCACGCCCGUGUCUUGUAGGACUGGCGGGAGGGUUCGAGUGACCCGUCUUGGUCGCUGCUGCGCACACAGACUUCCAUGACGGUGCUGGCAAUCAUGGACCCGACACAGAAUUCUCAUGGCCAUUCGAGAUUGUAUUCCGCAUUCCUUGUCCCCAACCCUGGAACGUGAGCUCCUCUUCUCUGCCUUAUCCUCAUACCUGGGACAGUAUAGGGCCUGUAACCGGUGCUCCAUAACUGCAUAAUGAGAAAGAGAAAAAGAUACUUAGCACUCUUGCUUCCAGUGGACCUGCAGCAGUCGGAGAUCUGGGGGACUGAUGGGGUAAGAACCCUUACCUUCUGUGGCGCUCGUCAGAUGUCUGUCCCAGGAUCUCUCAGCCACAGCAGCCUCAAAGGGAGCAGAGUCCCACUGGAGAAGUUUAUCCUGCCGGCUACGCCAGCUGUUGGCGAGAAAGAAAUUUUCCUCUACCCUCUGGGUUCUUGUGGCUGGUCUCAGAAUUAAUUUCAUACAUAUCGGAACCCCACAUCCAUGAGAAGUUCAGAGACACAAAGGUAAACUGAGGUAUCAGUGACCUUCAAGGAUGUGGCAGUGACUUUUACCCAGGACGAAUGGGGGCAGCUGGACACUUCCCAGAGGACCCUGUACUGGGAGGUGAUGUUGGAUACCUGUCGGCUCCUGGCCUCUCUGGGAGCCAGAGCAAAUUCAGAGACUACAGAGCCAACCAUUUCUCAGCUGCUCUUGUCCAAGGGACCCUCACUUCAGAUAUCGAUGACACAGGGAGCUUCAAGGGACUCCAGGAUUGGAGAAACCAAAACUCAGGAAGUGCCAUCAGAAAUUCAGGAAGGAAUCCUAAGGCCAGUGACAGACCCCCACAAGGAGGCUGGCCCUGGGAAUAUGAGCCCUAAAUGCAAUGAGUUGGGGACAGAUGACAGUCUUUGCUCAAGGGUUUUACAGGAACAAGUCUCUCCAAUAGGUGUUCUCCAUGGAAGUGAUGCACACAGACAAAUUACAGACCCCAUGGAUCAUGCAGAGAAGAACCAUUAUGAAUACAGUGAGCUCAGGAAUCAGGAUCUUACACAACUUGACUGCAUUCGUGCUCGAGUGAAGCCCUAUGAGUGCGUACACUGUAGAAGGGCCUUCAGGUCUACAUCGGAUCUCGUGCAGCACCAGCAGAUUCACACUGGAGAAAAGCUUUUUGAGUGCAAAGAAUGUGGAAAAGCCUUUAAAGAUAAGUUCUACCUUACAUAUCACCAGCGGAUUCACACUGGAGAGAAGCCCUAUGAGUGCAGUGUUUGUGGAAAGACCUUCACCUUCCAGUCUGUAUUUGUCCGACAUAGGAGGAUCCAUACUCAAGAGAAAGCCUUAGAGUGCGAGGCAUGUGGAAAUGCCUUCAAACACAGGUCCCACCUCAUAUAUCACCAGCGUAUUCACACUGGAGAGAAGCCCUGUGAGUGCAAUGAAUGUGGAAAGACCUUUACCCAAGUCUCAUCUUUUUUCCAGCAUAAUAGUAUCCACACUGGAGAAAAUUCCUUUGUAUGCAAAGACUGUGGAAACACCUUUUCGAAUAGGUUUAAUUUGAGUCAACACAUGAAGAUUCACAGUGGAGAGAAGCCCUAUGAAUGCAAUGAAUGUGGGAAAGCUUUUUAUCGCAAGUCACACCUCACAGAGCACCGACGGAGUCACACUGGAGAAAAGCCCUAUGAAUGCAGUAAAUGUGGAAAGUCUUUUGCCUACUACUCUGGUUUUGUCCAACAUAUUUGGAUGCACACUGGUGAGAAACCCUUUGAGUGCAAAGAAUGUGGGAAAAGCUUUUGCUCCAAGUUUAAUUUGAGUCAACACGUGAUGAUGCACAUUGGAAGGAAGCCCCAUGAAUGCAAUAAAUGUGGAAAAGCCGUUAACCAACACUCAUCUUGUGUUCAUCAUGGAACCCACACUGGAGAAAAACCCUUUAAAUGCAGAGUCUGCGGGAAAUCAUUUUGCUACAUCUCUAGUUUAAAACGACACAUGAAGAAGAUUCACACUGGAGAGAGAAGUUCUGUGAGUGCAUCAAGUGGGGAAAGCUUUCAUUCUCAAGUCACACCUCAUAAAACACCAGCGGAUUCACAUGAGAUCAGCCAAUAAAUGUGGAACAGCCUUCACUUAACACUCAUCUUUCAUCCAGUAUAAUAGGAUCCUCACUGUAGGAAACUAUUUUUUACUACCUUGUGAAAUACCAAAAUGCCCCUCCGUUGCUCUCCUGUUCUCCAUGGUUAAGUCCUUGCAUUCACCUCUCCUUCACGCCUCCACAGCCUGUUUUCUCCAAGGCUGCUGGCUCCUGACAGGGCUGCAUGACGUUUCCUGCUUGGUAAAGUUCUCUGAAGCCCAGUCUCUGACACCAUAACACCUGGUGUCAAAUCCUAACUCUGCUGACUAGGAGCUGUAUUGCCCUGUGCAGGAUACUAAAUCUCACUCUGCCUCAGUUUCUCAUUGGUGAAAUGGGUAAUUUAGUAAUGUAGUAUUUACUUCACAGGGCUGUUGUGAGAGUAAAUGGUUUAAUGUAUGACAAAACUGAGAGCAGAAUCUAUGGCUCCCUGAGUGUGUGUGGGUUGGCACUUAUGCUCUCUGCUGAUGUUGCUGUUCAUUAUUGAUGUCACCAUCGUUGUUAUCAUCAUCUAUGUCAUGUCUGGAUUCAAGACCUUUGGAGCAAUUUUGUGAAGCUUUGUGGUUAAACAGCGUAUAUAUCAGACAGCCAGACCUAGAGUCCCAACUUGGAUCAGCUGCAUACCAUUUCCAUCUAUUUCAGCAAAUAAGAUUAUUUCCGUGGCCUUCUUUAUCUUCAUCAACAAGUGGUGCUUUUCAGGAACCUGCAUCAUAUGGAUACCAUUAGGAACACCUAGAAUGAAUCACUUUAUGCCAUUUUAUUUAGGAUGUAAAAAGACUUUGCUCAAUUUAACAUUUAUACAGGGUGGCAUCAGCAAGAUAGUGGAAUAGGAGGUUCCAGCCCUCAUUCUGUCACAGAAACUCCAAUUUGACAAUGAUCCAUGCAUAAAAAUACCUUCUUGAAAGCUCUAGUUUCCAGGUGAGAGGUUAUAGCACUCAGGUGGAGCACAGAAAGCAGAAAAGAUGCAUUGAAGAGGGUAGGAUCAACAGUUUGAGUUUACCUGCAUCGCAGCUUCUUCAGACCUGUUUAGAUGAGUGCCAAGGUUGAUGUUAAGUCAACAACUAUCAUAAGAAACAGUAUCAUUUUAUAAUAAGGGUCAAUUCAUCAGGAGAAUAUAACAGUUGUAAAUAUAUAUGCACUCAGCAUUAGUGCACCUAAACAUAUUAAGCAAACUUUGACAGAUCUGAAGGGAGAAAUAGAUAGCAAUAUAAUACAUUAAUAGUAGACUUUAAUACCCCACUUAGAACAAUGUACAGAUUUUUCGGACAGAAAAUCAAUAGGUUAACAGUGGAUCUGAACUACACUAUUAGACCAGAUGGACCUAACAGAUGUAUAUGGAACAUUCCAUCCAGCAGCAGCAGAAUACACAUUCUUCUUCAGCUACAUGGAGCAUUCUCCAGGAUAAAUCAAAUGCUAGAUCACAAAACAAGACUUAAAUUUAAGAAGAGUGGAAUUAUUCCCAGUGUCUUUUGCAACCAAAAUGGAAUGUAACUGGAAAUCAAUAACAAAAAGAAAAUGGAAAAAUUUGCAAAUAAAUCUAAAUUCAGCAAUGCAUUCUUGACCAACCAUUGUGUCAAAGAGGAAAGCAAAAGGGAAAUUAGAAACUAUCUUCAGACAACUGAAAAGGAAAACACAACAUAGCAAAACUAAUGGGAUGCAGUAAAAGCUAUACUAAGAGAGAAAUUUAUAGUGAUAACUUUCUGCAUUAAAAAAAGAUCUCAAGGGGCCACCCCUGUGGUCAGGUGGUUAAAGUUGCAAUCUCUCUGCUUCAGUGGCCUGGGUUUGUGGGUUCAGAUCCCAGGUGCAGACCUACUCAACAGCCAUGCUGUGGCAGCAUCCCACAUUUCACAGUAGAGGAAGAUUGGCACAGAUGUUAGCUCAGGGCCAAUCUUCCUCAAGCAAAAAAAAAGAGGAGGAUUGACAACGAAUAUUAGCCCAGGGUAAAUCUUCCUCACCACCAACAGCAACAAAAAAGUGACCUCAAAAUAACCUAAUAAUAGACCUCAAAGAAUAGAAAAAGCACAAACUAAGCCCAAAGUUAGAAGAAGAUGGAAAUAAUAAAAGAGUUGGUUCUCUCAAAAGAAAAAGUAAACUUUUAGGUAGGCAAACUAAG